AUGGCUAGUAAUGAGAAUGAGUUCUCUGAAACGGACUCGUUAAUGACUUUUGAUGAUUAUAUAAUCAAAGAGCUACCUGAACAUCUACAAAGGUUAAUCAUGGAGAAUUUGAAAGGCUCGACUGGUGUGAAUGAUGUCAGGCCGAUUUCAAACCACUCAGAAUUGAAUUUCAGUGCAAACGGUAGCCUUAAAGGCCUUGAAGAUGCACUCCAGGCUUUACAGUUGCAGAGUGUGUUACAGACACCUUCACUAGGAUCCUUAACGACAUCUCCCAAGUUCUCUGGAUGGUCGUUUGCUCAGGGAUUUUUUGUAGGUCAACUGAGUAUAGUUUUGUUGUUUAUCUUUUUUUUAAAGUUUUUCAUAUUCAGUGAUGAACCCUCUAAAAGUAAGAAUCCUACACCUGCAUCCUCCGGUCAUAAGUCGCAAUUCAAACAGUAUCCCUUUAUAUCUCCUGAAUUUUUUUCUUCUCUUAUCAGGAAAGGCGGUAAAGAGCACCACGAGUUCAAUGAAGAGGUGGAAAGUGAGCGUCUCCAAGAAUUGGCUUUGAUUUUGGAAAAAACUUACUAUAAUGUUGAUGUACAUCCUGCUGAAUCUUUAGACUGGUUUAAUGUUUUAAUCGCUCAAAUCAUUCAGCAGUUCCGGAGUGAAGCUUGGCAUAAAGACAACAUCCUUCAUUCCUUUAAUGAUUUCAUUGGUAGGAGAUCUCCUGAUUUACCAGAUUAUUUAGAUACUAUAAAGAUAACUGAACUAGAUACAGGCGAUGAUUUCCCAAUUUUUUCAAAUUGUAGAAUACAAUACUCGCCAAAUUCUGGCAAUAAAAAGUUGGAGGCUAAAAUUGAUAUAGAUAUAAAUGACCAUUUGACGUUGGGGGUGGAGACAAAACUGUUACUCAAUUAUCCAAAGCCUGGUAUUGCCGCCCUUCCUAUAAAUUUGGUAGUAUCGAUUGUGAGGUUUCAAGCAUGCUUGACGGUCUCUUUAACUAAUGCAGAGGAAUUUGCAUCUACUUCAGAUGGUAGCAGUAGUGGUGAUGAUGCGGAUGGUGAUUCUGGUUACUUUUUGAUGUUUUCAUUUUCUCCUGAAUAUAGAAUGGAAUUUGAAAUCAAAUCACUGAUUGGCUCGAGAUCAAAACUCGAGAAUAUUCCCAAAAUUGGCAGCGUUAUUGAAUACCAAAUAAAAAAAUGGUUUGUGGAAAGGUGCGUUGAACCGAGAUUCCAAUUUGUUAAACUACCAAGCAUAUGGCCUCGUAGCAAAAACACAAGGGAAGGGAAGGCUACAGAGUAA